GCCACAUUCUCAUAUUCCGCCAUGUCUGUCAAACAACUUCCAGCCCCCGUUGGUCUCAAGUCCUACUAUCAGGCUAAGAUAGAAGCGGCCGAGAUUACCAUCAACCAAAAGACGCAAAACUUACGGCGUCUCGAGGCCCAAAGGAAUGCACUCAAUGCACGCGUGCGCCUGCUACGGGAGGAACUGCAGCUUUUACACGAACCAGGCAGCUAUGUGGGCGAAGUUGUCAAGGUCAUGGGCAAGAACAAGGUGCUCGUGAAGGUGCAACCUGAGGGAAAGUACAUUGUUGACAUUGACUCGGACAUUGAUAUUUCGACAUUGACACCAACUCUCCGGGUCGCUCUGCGUUCCGAUUCAUACACCAUUCACAAAGUCCUGCCCAACAAGGUGGACCCACUUGUAUCACUCAUGAUGGUCGAGAAAGUCCCGGACAGUACAUACGAAAUGGUCGGAGGCUUGGACAAGCAGAUUAAGGAGAUCAAGGAGGUCAUUGAGCUGCCCGUCAAGCACCCAGAGCUCUUCGAGUCCCUCGGUAUCGCCCAACCCAAGGGUGUCCUCCUCUACGGACCGCCCGGUACCGGUAAAACCCUCCUUGCCCGUGCCGUCGCGCACCACACCGACUGCAAGUUCAUACGCGUCUCCGGCUCUGAGCUUGUGCAGAAGUACAUCGGCGAGGGCUCACGCAUGGUGCGCGAGCUCUUCGUCAUGGCGCGCGAGCACGCGCCCAGCAUCAUCUUCAUGGACGAGAUCGACUCCAUCGGCAGCUCGCGAGGCGAGAGCGGCUCCGGCGGCGGCGACUCGGAGGUGCAGCGCACGAUGCUGGAACUGCUGAACCAGCUCGACGGGUUCGAGCCGACGAAGAACAUUAAGGUCAUCAUGGCGACUAACCGGAUAGAUAUUCUUGACCCCGCCCUCCUUCGCCCCGGACGUAUCGAUCGUAAGAUUGAGUUCCCGCCGCCGGGUCCCGAGGCGCGUGUGGCCAUUCUUCGUAUUCACUCUCGGAAGAUGUCGCUGCAGCGUGGUAUCAACCUCCGGGCUCUUGCCGAGAAAAUGGGUCAAUGCUCGGGUGCAGAAGUACGGGGUAUCUGCACAGAGGCCGGCAUGUACGCUUUGCGUGAGCGGAGGCAGCAUGUUACACAAGAGGACUUUGAGUUCGCUAUCGCAAAGGUGCUCAAGAAGAGCCAGGAAGGAAGCACAUCAGUAAACAAGCUUUUCACAUAACGGACGUUCUUGGUACAUAUUCCUGGGCCCCUAAUGUUGUUCCUCGUUUCAAUUCGAAGUUGUACGUUCCUUGGGGCUUGUUGAUGCCUUCGACCACUGGUUUAAGUGAAUGAUACCGUGUGGGGAUUUGCAACACGGGAGAAACUCAAUACAAUUGGACGCCCUGCGAAGC